AUGGGCUCGAGAGAUGGCUUUCGAUGGAUACUGACCUGGUGCUUCGUGUUGGCGUGGUGCUUAGGGCUCGCCAACGGCUUGGAACAGAAACCCAUCGGGCAGUCUGCCAAAAAGCCGAGCAUCAUCUUCAUCUUGACCGAUGACCAAGACCUCCAUAUGAACUCGCUCUCGUAUAUGCCCUUUCUAAAGCAGCACAUGGGUGACCAUGGGACUUCUUUCCGGAGACAUUACUGCACGGUAGCCUUGUGUUGUCCUUCCAGAGUAAGCAUGUGGACUGGCAAGGCUGCGCAUAAUACCAAUGUCACCGACUUGCAUCCUCCCUGGGGUGGAUAUCCAAAGUUUGUCAGUCAGGGUUUCAACGAUGCAUACUUGCCUAUUUGGCUCCAGAAAGCGGGAUACGAUACUUACUACGUGGGCAAGCUAUUCAAUGCCCAGAGCACAUCCAACUACGACAAGCCCCAUGCGGCAGGAUGGACUGGUUCCGAUUUCCUCCUUGACCCAUACACGUAUGAGUAUUACAAUGCCACCUUUCAAAGGAAUAAGGAACCUCCUGUCAGCUAUCAAGGCCAACACUCGACGGAUGUCGUGGCGGAGAAGGCGUUGGGAUUUCUCAGUGACGCAUUAGAGGGACGCAAGCCGUUCUUUCUCACCAUUGCACCGACAGCUCCCCACAGCAACGUACAUAUCAAUAAUGACAUGGCAGAGCAAUCGAUGGCUCGGCCUGCCGAACGCCACAGACACCUCUUCCAAGACGCAAAAGUCGCGCGGACACCCAAUUUCAAUCCCGAUGUGUCGAGUGGUGCUUCCUGGAUCCUCACCUUGGCCAAGCAGAACCAGUCAAACCUCGAUUACAAUGACGAGUGGUACCGCAACCGCCUUCGAGCCCUGCAAGCUGUUGAUGAAAUGAUUGAUGGCGUCGUGCACCGCUUGGAGCAAGCUGAUAUGUUGGAGAAUACCUAUCUUUUCUUCUCGACUGACAAUGGUUAUAGCAUCGGACAGCAUCGAAGGCAGCCUGGAAAGCAAUGUGCAUUCGAAGAAGACAUAAACAUUCCUCUUCUCGUGCGAGGACCCGGUGUUCCAAAGGACCAUCGCACCGAAAUCGUCACGUCGCACAUCGACCUGGCACCCACAUUUCUAACCCUCGCAGGUGUGGCAGAAAGUGAAAUGGCAAAGUACGAAUUGGAUGGCAGUACGAUACCGCUCCACUCGUUGGACUUGGUGCAUUCGAAACAAGAACCAUGGCCACAAGAACACGUCAACGUCGAAAUGUGGGGGAUCAUCAUGUCGGAAGGGAAAUACGGCUACGUCCUUUAUCCCAAUCAUACCUACAAGGCACUUCGGGUCAUUGGUGAUGGCUAUGAUCUGUUGUAUACUGUUUGGUGCAGCAACGAGCACGAGCUGUACGACAUGGCCAAGGAUCCCUGGCAGAUGGACAAUAUCUACGGUGCAGGAACCAGACCUUUCAAUAUGACUGCCGUGCCCGCCGUGGGAGGAUUAAAUGAACCGUCGCUCUACGCUUCGCCGCUCACAAGCAUGUCAGAACCAAUCCCUGCGAGAGACAACGUCACCACCACAGUAUCGCACCUCAUAUCGCGCCUCGAUGCUCUUCUCUUGGUACUCAAAACCUGCAAAAUGGACGAGUGCCGCUUUCCAUGGUCGGCCCUUCACCCGGCCGGCGGUGUGCACAGCCUCCGAGACGCAUUGGAUUCGCGAUUCGACGAGUUCUAUCGCACGAGGCCGAAAGUGCAGUAUGAGCGGUGUGAAAGAGGUUACUUUCCUGCCAGUGAAGGUGCAAUGUGGGAUGGAGGCAUGUCUUUCCGAGCAAUGCAGCACGAAGUGUGGACAGGUCCUUGA